AUGUUUAUCUCUGGAGUGGAAUAUUCCGUUAUUUUACCUACAGCGCUUCUUUACAUGAAAAGAUUCAAUGUUAACAAUAUUUUUAUGGGUUUGAUUGUUUCUUUGUACCCAGUUGGUGCAAUUAUAUCAUUACCUUUGUUUGGAUACUUAUAUGAUAAAACAAAACGAAUUAAAGAACUUCUUCUUGUGUUGAACUUGUUUCAGAUAAUUGGAAAUGUGUUGUAUGCUUUGCAUUUUUCCAUGUGGUUUCCGCUAGUUGGCAGGUUUAUAAGUGGAAUGGGUGACGGUUUCAUUUCAUGCGUUUCUGGAGAACUGACUCAAAUAUAUCCACCAAAUACUAGAUUGACAAUUCUUUCUCUUCUUGAAAUAGGUCGUGUUUUUGGUUUGAUGAUUGGACCUUCGCUCAACUUAGUUAUUGAAAAAGAAAACUUUAAAGUAAAUAGCUGGGUUUUGGAUAAAACUACCCUUCCAGGAGUAGCGAUGGCUUGUAUCUGGUUUAUAAAUGAGCUUAUGACUUUUUGCUGCGUUUAUAAUAUUAGAAAAGAAAUCGAAGAAAGUCCUAAAUUUAUAAAUAUUGAUACGCCGAAAUUAAAUGCUGAGACCCAAACGUCGGUCAAGCUUGAAAGUUUCAUCUAUAACGAUAACUUUGAUGAAAUUGAAAGUGAAACAACUUCAUCAAGCCACCUAUUAUCAGAUAACUUCCAAGACAAACUACCAAAUGAUGUCAAAACAAAAGAGAAAGAAUUUCAAAGACCAAACCUUUUGUAUAAAUAUUGGCUUCAAACUACUAAAGCUAUAUUUUCAUUUGAGUUUUUUAUUAUUUUUUUUGCUGAUUUAGUUCUUUGGAUGAUUCAAACUCAAUUUGAACUACUUUUACCUUACAUUACCGAGUUUAAUUAUAAAUGGAGCCCAUCAUCAGCAAGUUUUGUAUACGUUGGCGGUAGCUUUUUAACUACUAUAUCAGUAGGAUUGGUUAUAUUAGAAAGCGUUACUCUGCAAUAUAAUUUAAGAAUUGCCGUUUUUUUUGUUGUGUGUUCUUUAAUGUUUAUAGCCCUGCCUUUCAACCUUGUUUCAACAAAAAGUCUUACUAUGAAAAUGUUUCCAGCUGAAAAUCAAGGCAUAAUUCAGGGUUUUUUUUCAUCAGCAACACGUAUAGCUAUGAUUGGAGGACCUAUUGCGAUGAGCUUUGUGCUAGAAAAACGCCAAACUUAUGGAAUAGUAGCUAUGACAAUUUUAUUAGCACAAUUAGCUGUUAAUGAAGUUGUUGGAACUAUCUUAAUUUUAGACAAUGUUUGUUUUCAUAAAACUGCUGUUAUUCAUAAUGAAAUAGUACGUGCUGGGACUGAGGAGGAACUGCUUGAAAAUAUACAAAACGGUGCAUUGAAUAUUACUAGCACAAACUGUAACAAAUAUUGUGCGCACAUACUGAGGUAUAUGAUUCCGUGUUCAAGAAGAGAACCAGUUAUUGAAGAAUAA